UCGAAGAUUAUGCUAUACAUUCCAAAGCCUAAGAAUAGCAGCUGGUCAAUGCCAAGUGGGAAUCAAAUGCUAAAAGUCUGUCGAGAUUCUAUGUGAGUUUAGACACUUACGUCACUGUAACUCGUACGAAAAAGUGUUUUUAAAUUUGUGAGAAAGAAGAAAGAAGUGUUGUCGUAAAUUCGAGUUUUUCUAUAGUUUCAAAGAAAUUUAAUUUAACUAAACAAACAAAAUCUUGAAGAAACCGUUGACUACACUUCUGUAAAGUUUGCACCAUCGCUCAGUAAAGAUGCCUACUUUAGCUGCAACCACCGCAAUGGAAGCUGGAAGUUCUAUUUUGAGUACUGUAUCUUCAAGCUUAUCGACAGAGAAUGGAACAAGCGGUACUCCAUCAGAUGAAACUAAUGUGCUUGUUGGCAUAGUUGUUGAGGUGGUGAUACUAAUUCUGGUAUCAGGCAAUCUUUUGAUGGUCUUGACUCUCGUCCACUACAAGCCGUGGUCCAUAACAGACCUUCUUCUAUUUUCUCUCUCGUUCUCUGACUUCAUCAAUGGUGCUAUUCCAGCUCAUAUUUUAAACAUCGUGAAUAGUUUUUAUGGCCAAAAUUCUUGGUCUUCAGGACUGUGUUCGGCGUUUAUUUGGAUGACAUUUACUUUGCGAAUGAUAUCAGUGUUUACUAUCACACUCAUAUCUGCGGAACGAAUGCUUAUGUUAACCCGUCCUCUUCAUCAUCACAGUGUUAUAACGAUAGGGAAAGCUCGUAUCGCGGUCGCAAGCGUAUGGGCACUCGCCAUAUUCAUAGCAAUCCUCCCUUUUAUUGGAGCAGGAAAAUCUGGUUUCGAAAAUGGGUAUUGCUAUUACCAACUGUACAAUCUAGGAAUUGCAUUUGGGUAUAUCAUUGAAACAAUUGGAGUCAUCCAACUCGUUCUUGUACUAGCUUGUUUUAUUGCGAUACGUCUGUCCAGUGGAAAGUUUAUCAAACGGCAAAGUGUCAUGGCGGCUGCGAACCAAACAGGAGCAAGAGACACACAAGGAAAGGCUCAAGAAACAGCUGGAAUCAAACAAGUCAAACAAUUGUCCAAAAUGAUGGGGAUUGUAGUCAUUCUGUACUAUAUUAGCUGGCUGCCAUAUUUGUUGAUCAACUUGGUUGGUUUAGCUCGUGGUCAUCUUUCUCACACUGUAGAAGUCAUAGUAGGCUUCUUUUCAUUGGUCAGCGCGAUCAUCAACCCUAUACUAUACGGCAAGAUGAGCCUGCGAUACAGGCGUGGCUACCUAUUCAUUUUUAGGAAGAUCAUGUCCAUCUGUGGAGGAGGGAAGCCGGAUGGUCAAUUCUUUGAUGGAAAGCGUCGCGGUUCGCAAGCAACUGCUUAUUCAAUCCAGUCUUUCACCGCGAAGCGAGGCAGCCUUGCUUCUAUUAAUCGUAUACAUACACAACACGUGAAUACUGCAUUUGUGGAAGAUGAAGAAAACCACAACCACAGUCUUAAAUAUUCAUCUCAUUGUGUAAUCGAUGGUGAUGAUGAUGACGAUGAUAAUAAUCCGAAUGGGAUAGCAAUUUUUCCUGUAGAAGAAAUGACUCCAAGCGAGCUAAAAGACGAUGAAAGUUAUCAUGACAAUGAUGAGACCCAAAUCUCUAUAUGCCCGUUUGAAGAAAGUCUUCGGAUUCGUGAAGCAAAUAAGAAAACACCAGAAACAGAAAUACAGGAAAGCACCAAAGAAAAGACAAUAAGUGACGCUUCUGAAGAAGACAUAGCAAUAUGUCCGCUUAGUGAGAGCAUAAUGGCACACUUUGAGGACAUCCAGAAACUUGUUUCUGAGGAGGAUAGUGAAGAUGGCGAUGACAGCGAUGAUGGUAGCAGGGGGAUAGCUAUUACUUCAAGGGAAACAAUGGCAAACGAUGGAGACUCAAAGAACAUAUACAACCAAGAUGAGAAUUAUUCUAUUGCAAACAAAGGAUUUAUUGGGGAUGAAGAGGAUAAAGUUAAGGAUAAUAUUAGCAAAAGUAGUUAUAAUGACGAGGACAUAACUGACUUGCUUGAAGAAGUCAACAAGAAUGACAGUCCAUCGAAGGGGCAUUUCUUCGUUGAUGAUGUUGUCAAGCUUUUACAAGAAGAUGAACAGCGUAAGAGUCGAAUAAACAACAAAGAUUCGUAUGAGUUACUUCCAGAUACUUUAAAUAAAGAUGCCAAAGAGAGAAAGGAUGUUAUUCAAGAACGGUUACAUGACGGAUUCGUAGGAAAGAAAAUAACUGAAAAAGAUGUAGGUAUAGAAAGAAGAGAUAAAAACGAAGAAACGAAUAAAAGUGGAGACUGUCGAAAUGAUAUGGAAAGACAAGGAGAUGAAAAGAUUAAUGAUGAAGACAAUGAAGAUGAGGAAGAUUAUAAAAAGCAUGAUGAGGAAGAGGAUGGUGAAGAAGACGAAGAAGAAGACGAAGAAGAAGACGAAGAAGAAGACGAAGAA